UUCGACUGGCAGUAUUUGUUAUCAUCUGGCUUGUUUCUUUUGGAAAACAUCAUUUAUGGUUAUUACCAAAUCUUACAGAAGAUGUGGGUUUUAUAGAAUCAUUCUGGCCAUUAUAUAAAUACGAAUUUAAAGGACAAAAAGAUAAAAAUGGAGAAAAGGAAGAAAAACCUAUACAAACCAAAGAAACAACAGAAGAUAAAGAAGAAUCCACAACAGAUCAAGAAGGAAAAGAAUCUGAGGACCAAGUGCAUUCAGAAUCUGAAAAAGAUAGUGAAGUGGAAAGGGACAGAAUAGAAAGAGAGAAUGGAGACAAUGGAUUUGAAAUUCUUGAUCCUUGUGAAGAAUUGGACCAGGACAAGAAAGACAAACCAACAGUAGAUCCGAAACAAGAUAUACAAGAAGAAAGUAAACCAACUAAAGUUGAAUAUGCUAUUGCCAAAUAUCUUAGAGACAAGCUUCCUGCAAAAAAGACAACACUUCUCAGUCAUAAAGUAGAAUAUUUCAUUGGUAAUAUAACAUUCUUUUAA